AUGCGAAUCGUCGACCUUCCUGUAGAGGUUCUGCCUCUCGUUUAUCAAAGUCUUAACGAUAUUGACGAUGCAUUGCAUCUCGGAAGAGCUUGUAAAAGGCUAAACAACGUCUUCAAUAAUUCCUUACCGCGUGUGAAUAUCUUCCGUGUCAUCAUUCAGAACCAAAGUCAGCACAUGCAUGAUACCCCUUCGACGCAAAUGCGCAGAAUAUCCCCAGAUCUGGUCCAAAUGUGCUUAACCAAGCACUAUUCCCAGACCAUCCACAUGAACUAUCCGACACACAACAUAUACCUGAGCGACUGGUCGCUAUGGUGGCGCACACAGCCCCGUCUACUGGGGAACCCGUCUCUUCUUCAACUCUGCGACCAAACACUUCACCAAGUCAGUAACCAAGAACGACUCCUCUACCAUCGAUUCUACCAAGCCCUGACCGCUCACUGGCUCUCCAUAGAAUCCCUAGCGCUCGCAAAAGCAACCGUGUAUCCCACUCCCGGGUCCCGGGACCACUGGCAUACCAUUAUCUACGACCAGUGGUCAGGUCGGCGACCUCUACCGCUGCGCGAGAAACUCGAUAUCCUGCGUGUGACGCUCUUCGUGUGGGAGUUUCUCGCUCGGAAGCUCUUCGAGAUAAUCCCGCUUGUUCCUAGACUGGAAGAAUUCCGUAAGCGCAAAAUCUUUCUUCGUCCGCCGUGUUUGAUUCAGGCGCUUAUCUUGCUGGAGUGGCCUGAUCCGGACUCGUUUUGUGAUCCAGUGGGGUAUUUUGACCGUUUGACGCCCGAGUAUAUGAUCCAACCAACCGUUCUUGUUGGGGAAGAACAGGAAGGUGCUGGUUAUUUGGGUGAUGAGCGAUUGCUUAUAGAUAUGUUGGAGCAGAUCUAG